UGAGUCGCCGUGCCCGCCGCUGAAACGUUGACUCUGGACGAGAGACUCCUGGCCCCUAGGGCCGCCCUGAACCGCUAAAUUUAGCACCCACGGGUAAUUGCGGGGCCCCGACGACGAGCGAUUCAAAGACUCCAACACAAACAGCUGCUUUGGCCUCGGCCUGGCCACAUGGUUGAGGCAACACCGAGGUGAAUUGGCCACUGCGUAUACUCUACACUCGUGCUGUAAUUACAAAGUACGUGGCAGCCACGCAAGGGCUGAGCGGGAGGGCUGCGUGGCCUCUGCACGACGCUGUUGCCACGCCCGGGGAGCGAUCCGGCUGUUGACCUCUACUGACCCUCCCCUUGGAUGUCGGUGCAAUGGCCGUUCAGUCGACUCCGUGCUGCACGGGCGCUCACCGGCUGAGCCUUGGCCAACGCGACUCCUCGACACCAGCAAUGCCGCGAUCUGCAGCGCCACGCCCGCGACCGACCAGCAGGGCGGGCCCAGGCACUCCGGUCCAGACCGCGUCGAGUGGCGUCGGGUCGACGACACAAGUGUGUGCAUGCUGCUUCGUGCAGAUGUGGCGCGCGAAGGCGAGCCUCACGUCCAGCGACCGCCUUUGGGCCAUUGUCAAGAUGCCGUGCUGCGUACGCCUGUCCCUGGGUGCCGUCACCUAUACAGCCCUCGCCCUGAGCGGAAGCAGACUCGCUCACGUUCGACGUUUGUUUCUCGCCGGGAGGGGGGUUCUCGGUCAUCGGCGGGCUCUGGUUGCAAGUUUGAGAGUCUCGGGCUGUGUGCGCCCAGACUAUCGAUGAGGCUUCAUGAUCCCCGUGCGGCUGACGCAUUGGACGGACCUGUGUCGAUCCUUGCGACCAUGUACGCUUCCCUGUGCAAGCCCGAUUCAGCCCUCAUCAGCUCAGGCGUCGCGCGCGGCGCAUGGCAUCUCUCGUAAAAAGACGCCCUGCCGCGCGCGUCUGCACGAUGGGCUGCAGUCUCGAAACGCCGGUCCAGAGUCGAGUCGAAGCGCGCGGCCGAGAUGCGCUGCUCCCUGUCCCCGUUGUUGAGUCUCCUCCUCCGAGGUCCCGUAGCAGCGAUGGCGGACUCCAUCGACAAGCCCACCGGUGCCGGCACUGGCGCAAAGACGUACGAAAAAGUCAUCGUCGUCGUCGACCAGCUUCGCCUCGAGUCCACGUUCAGCCCCAGCCUGUCCAACGAGUCGAGCAGCCUGCACCAACCGCGAGACGCGCACCUGCUGGGCACCCGGCAGCAAUGCCUGGUCGGAUACGGAUACUGCGCCAGCUUCGGGCGCUGCUGUCCCUCGAGCGGCAAAUGCUGCUCCUACGGCUACUGCCUCCCGAGCGGCUCGGCGUGCUGCCCCAGCGGCCCCUGUGACGCCGGCAAGACGUGCUGCGGCCGGUCCCAUUGCGCGCCCCUCGGCGGCGAAUGCUGCCGGGACGAGAGCUACUGCGAGGCCGGGAACCAUUGCUACAUCGUCGCCGCCCUCGGCCAGAAGCCCGUCUGCUGUACCGACUCGGCGUGCACCGCGCAUGUCCUCAACGGCGUCACGACGUACGCCUCGACCCGGACGACGACGCAGACGUUCACCUCGAGCAGCCAAGACCAAGACUCGACGACCCCUGCCCCGGAUCCGACCAUCACCUCGCCUCUCCUGUCUUCGCAGUCGGUCGUGGCGACGACAUCUUCCUCGUCGCCGCCGCCGCCCGACUCGGCCAACGGCAACAGCACGCCGGUUGGCGCCAUCGUCGGCGGCGUCGUCGGUGGCGUCGGAGCCGUUGCCCUUGCGGCCCUUGCGGUAUUCCUCUUCCUGCGCAGAAAGCCCCAGAGCCCAAGCACGAAUGACGCGUACGCACCGCCACCCACGGCCUACGUCCCAUCUGUCGUAUAUCAGAACCCUCCGCCAAACCAGCCCCCGUACGGUCAGCAGCCCACCAUGCCGGGGGCGAGCGGCCAGGCAUCAUCACACUAUCCGCCCGCAGGCAAGGGGCCCGCGUACUACGCGACGCCGCCGCCGCCGCCGCCGCCGCCGCUGGUCAGCCCCCAUCACUCGUACCCGUCCGAUCCACGCGGCGGUGUGCCGACGAGCCCGGGCGCCGUCUCGUCCAUGAGCGGCUCGGGGGGCCACAUGUCGCCGCCUCCGGGAUACCACCAGGCCCCGCGGCCCGUGGUCUACGAGGCGCCCGUGCAGACCUCUGAGAACCAUCGCGGGCAAAUGCACGAGCUGUCGUGAUGGGACGCUUGGUAUGCGACUGUUUGAGCAUGCGUCAGGCUCGGGCGUGUCAGCAUCGGACGGGGCGCGCAUGCUCACGACACAGCACGAAGACCGUACCAUAGGCUACACCGGGUUCAGAUGAAAUUCCCAGCGUCGGGU